AGCUAGCUUCUCGUGGAUCAGUAGAGUCUGAUAAAUUUAUCACAUGAUUUUGAGCUCAACAUAGUGCUAAUUGUGAUGAGAAGAUUUUUAGGGACGAUGGGGAAAAGAGGAAGGGCUUGUGUAGUGGUACUUGGAGAUCUUGGUCGAAGUCCUCGGAUGCAAUAUCACGCUCUUUCUCUUGCUCGUCAGGCAUCAUUUCAAGUGGACAUUGUUGCAUAUGGAGGUUCUAUACCCCAUGAAGCUGUUCUAAAUCACCCAUCGAUCCACAUCCAUACCAUGGCGCAGCCACGAUUCCUUCAGCUCUUGCCAAAGAUACUUUAUCCUGUAACUCUCUUGCUCAAGGCAUUUAUUCAGUUUACAAUGCUUCUCUGGUUUCUUUUUGUAAAAGUACCAGCGCCUGACAUUUUCUUGGUCCAGAAUCCUCCUUCCGUUCCAACCCUAAUUGCUGUUAAGUGGGCGAGUUCAUGGAGACGUGCAGCGUUUGUUGUAGAUUGGCAUAAUUUUGGAUAUACAUUGUUGGCAUUGUCUUUAGGAAGAAACAAUUUGUUUGUAUCCUUAUACCGCUGGUUUGAGAAUCAUUAUGGAAAGAUGGCAACAGGUUCACUAUGUGUCACAAAAGCAAUGCAACAUGAACUGGAUCAGAAUUGGGGAGUGAGAGCCCAAGUGUUAUAUGAUCAGCCUCCUGAGUUUUUCCGUCCCGCUUUACUUGAAGAAAGGCAUGAGUUGUUUUGCCGAGUGAGGAAGGAUCUUUGCCAUCCAAUUGGUGUCUAUGAUAUCAUUAGUAGAGAGUUGGAAAACCAAGAGCUUAAUGAAACCCUUUUUACUACCAAAAUCAGUACUGGUAUCUCGCUGAAGCAAAACAGACCAGCUCUUGUUGUGAGCAGUACAAGCUGGACCCCUGAUGAAAAUUUUGGUAUCCUACUGGAAGCUGCAGUGAUGUAUGAUCGGCGUGUGGCUGCAAGAUCAAAAGGAAGUGAAACAGCUCUAAUUUCAGAAGAGCAACACCUGUAUCCCAAUUUGUUGUUCAUCAUUACAGGUAAAGGACCUGAAAAGGAGAUGUACGAGGAGAAAAUCAAACGAUUAAACCUCAGACAUGUGGCAUUCCGUACAAUGUGGCUCGCAGCUGAAGAUUACCCAUUGCUUUUAGGUUCUGCAGAUCUCGGUGUCUGCUUGCACACUUCCUCAUCGGGUUUAGACCUUCCCAUGAAGGUUGUUGAUAUGUUUGGAUGUGGCCUCCCAGUUUGCUCGGUUUCCUACUCAUGCAUUCAAGAACUCGUUAAAGAUGGGAAGAAUGGACUUUUGUUUUCAUCUUCAUCAGAAUUAGCAGAUCAGUUAUUGAUUCUCUUCAAGGGUUUUCCCGGGAACUGUGAUGCCCUAAUGUCGCUUCAAGCGGGUGCAAUGGAGACUGGUUCUUCGGGUCGAUGGGCUACAGAGUGGGAAGAUUGUGCAAAACCUUUGAUCACUCAGGUCGUGUCUCAAAUAGCAGAUUCAUGAAAGAGAAGACUCAAAAUCGAUGGGCUUGAGAGUUUCUCACAACUGCUUUUGUAGAUCCAAAUUUUUGUACACAAUGAUUACAAGAUUGUCUCGAAAUAUUGACAAAAUCUGAUUCCGAAAUGAUUUGGCAGGAGUCUUUGUAUGACUGAGUAAAUGAUAUCAAAAUCU